AAGUUAAAUAGAUAGAAAAGUAAUGAAUUAUGAUAAAAGAAGAAUUGGAAUUAUUAUGAACAAUUCUUUAAAAUAAUAAAGGAAAUCAAUAAAAAAAAUUAUAUUAAUCAGAUGAAAAAGAUUGCAAGAAGUUAAAAUCUAAAUUAAUAAAUUAUAAAUUGAUGGAUACUAAUAAUAAAUAUAGAUAGAAAAAUAAAAUUUUGUAUUUGUCAUUGUAGUUAAAUAGAAGUACUUUGUAGAAUAUUGGAAAUAUAAUUGUGUGUGAAUGGAAAGCGUUAUUAUUAACUACUUGAUCACUAAAAAGUAAUAUUGCGAUCAUGAAAAUU